GCGCAGAAACCUCCCCGACAGCUGUGCCGGCCGGCACGGCAAACGCUGCUGCAGGGCCUGGAGAGAGGCACCGCGGGGACCACGCUCCCUCCAGCCCCAGGGAGGCUCUGCCGGGCCCGCGCGUGCCAACGAAGCCUCCGAAUUGGGCUGAUCGGAGCGUAAAAAGGCAAAGCAGACUGAAGAUGGGCUGAGCUGCUUGGCCCAGGGGGCGGCCCAAAGACUAAUCAGAGGCCAGUAACUAGCAGCGUACCACGGGGGUCAGUACUGAGCCUGCCUCUGUUCAACAUCUCCAUUAACGUUCUGGAUGAUGGGGCAGUGUACUUGAUACGUUUUCAGAUGAGAAAACUGGAAUGAGUGGCUAAUGUGGCAGAGGGUUGUGCUGCCAUCCAGAGGGACCUGGACAGGCUGGAGAAAGGAGCUGGCAGGAACCUCAGGAAGUUCUGCAUGGAGAAGUGCAAAGCCCUGCCCCUGGGUAGGAACAACACCAGGACAUCCCAGGGGCCACCUGUCCAGAAAGCAGCUAGGCAGAAAGCGACCCGGAGCUCUCCUAGAGGGCACCAGGCUGAACAUACACCAGCAAUGUGCUCUCGACUGUAAAGAAUGCCAACGGUAUUUCUGGGCUGCGUUAGGCAAAGCAUUGCCAGCAGGUAAAGGAGGGAGGUGAUCUUUCUCCUCUGCUCAGCACCAGUAAAGCCACUCCUAGAGUGCUGCAACUGGUUCCGAGCUUCCAAGUACAAGAGAGACAUGGACAUACUGGAGACAGUCCAAUGAAGGGCUACAAAGAUGAAGGAUAUGGUGCAUUCUGCUAUGAGAAAACGCUCUGAGGAGAAGAGAUGGCUCAGGAAAGACCUUAUCAAGGUCUAUAAAUACCUGAAGGAAGGGUGCUAAAGAGGACAGAGCUGGGUUUAACAAACCCAGCCUUAAAUUCAGUUCUAAAACCACUCCACUCGUUUGGAUUUUUCUGCCACACUCCGACAAUGUAGUGCUUUGGGACUGUACCUUGAUUGAGCAGUUUCGUUUUCUAAGAGGACAGUAUCAGUCAACAUUUAACUCUCUGGUCCUUAACAUGCUAGUCCUUAUUUCUAACCAAGAAUCCUAAGUUUUGCUUAUCGUCCCCACUUAACCUGGGAAUUCCUUUGACCACUUCUCCCAGCAGCACUGUUCAUGGCAUGUUUUGCUCCACUUACCGGUCAGGGUCUCUGUGCCAAAGAUGGAUGUCAUUCUGACGUAGCACACUGCUUUUGAUUGAAGCAGGAGUUUCUCAGUACGAGGACUAAGCCUACAGACCUAUGGCCAUGUUAGAAAUAAAACAUUCAUGCAUUCAUUUUGGGCGCUCCCUAGGCCAUUCUUCCCUCACAUUCCUAAAAGCACAAUGAGACAGUUCUUCAUAUGGGAUACUUACUAUUCUCACUCUCAUUGAAGCUUAAGUUGUUCAACGCAGAAAAAAAAUGUUUUGAAGACUGAAUUUGCUCUUGGACUGGAAUAAAGUAUGAAGAAAGCAAACUGGCUGUAAAAUCCAGUAUUAUGCCCUCCUGACAUUGGCAAGCAAGCUUUUCUCCUGCCACUCCACCCCCAAAUAUUCCCUAAUGCUCUGGACACGAGCCACUCCUCCUAGGUCAUCCCAAGAUCCUGGCUGCUAUCUUUUCUCUUGGGAAGGGAGGGGGGCGGGAAGCACACCCUCCUGCCCUCUUUAGUCUCCACCCCUUUCAGAGGAGUUUUAAGACGGGAGCUGAUCAGAAAGAUCAUAACAGAGACGUGGAAAACAGAAAGAGGCUGGUCUGGGAAAGAAAUCAUCAGCAGAAAAUAGGAGAGAAAAAAAGCAAAAAAAGAUAACUUGAGAUCUGGAGAUGAUGUGGAAAACACUCCAAUAUCUCCUCCUGCUGAUGGGAGCAAUCACAAUUACUCAGUGCCAGGGCUGGCACAUGCGUUACAAACGGGGAGCCAGAUCUAGAGCCAUUUGCACAGACUAUUCAUCUGGAGAAAUAUACCAGCACAAGGGGAGCUGGCUGAGGCUCUCAAGGAGCCGAAUAGAGUACUGUAGGUGCGACAGCGGUCGGAGUCGCUGCCACACUGUUCCCAUCAGAGCCUGCACUAGAAAUAAAUGCUACAAUGGGGGCCAGUGUUCACAGGCAUAUUACUCCCCACAGCUCUUCAUCUGCCAGUGCCACCAAGGUUUCUCUGGGAAGCAGUGCGAAAUAGAUACUGAAGUUAAGUGCUACAAAGAUGCUGGAGUAACAUACAGGGGCACGUGGAGCAGGACAGAGAGUGGAGUUGAAUGCUUGAAUUGGAAUAUUGAUGGUUUGAUGGACCAGACGUACAGCGGCCAAAGAAAGGAUGCUGCUGAGCUGGGAUUGGGCAAUCACAACUAUUGCAGAAACCCAGAUGAAGACUCCAGACCCUGGUGCUACAUCUAUAAAGGGGGAAAGUACAUCUGGGAAUACUGCAGUGUACCCUCCUGUUCAAAAGUUGGGAACAACAACUGCAAAACUGGAAGAGGCACGGAUUACCGAGGCAGUCACAGUGUUACCAGUUCUGGAGCUACCUGUCUGAGGUGGAAUUCUCAACUCAUUGUCAGCAAGCUAUAUACUGCAUGGAGAAGAGAUGCUUACCAGCUAGGCCUUGGCAGUCACAAUUUCUGCCGGAAUCCUGACAAUGACAACAAGCCCUGGUGCCACGUACUGAAAGGAAAUCAGCUCACAUGGGAGUACUGUAACGUGCCUACCUGUUCCACCUGUGGCACACGGCAGCAUAGAGUACGCCAGUACCGCAUAAAAUUUGGCUCCCGUGCAGACAUUGAAGCUCACCCAUGGCAAGCUGCCAUCUUUGUGAAGUAUCGCCGAGUACCUGGAGAGCACUUCCUUUGUGGAGGAAUUCUGAUCAGUUCCUGCUGGGUUUUGUCAGCUGCUCACUGCUUCGAGGAAGGCUUUAGUACUGAUCAGCUGAAGAUUGUGCUGGGCAGGACUUCACGAACAACUCCUGAGGAGAAUGAACAGAACUUUCAAGUGAAGAACUACAUUGUGCAUCAGAGAUUUGACUCCGAAAAUUAUGACAAUGACAUUGCUCUGCUGCAGUUGAAAUCUGAUACAAAAGACUGUGCUAUUGAAACAGACGCUGUCCGUGCUGCCUGCCUCCCAACACCAAACUUGCAGCUGCCUGACUGGACUGAAUGCGAGAUCUCUGGUUAUGGCAGAAAUGAAGAAUUUUCUCCCUUCUAUUCAGAGCACCUGAAAGAAGGGCACGUCAGACUAUUUCCAGCUAGUCGGUGCACAACACAGCAUCUAGACAACCGGACAGUUACAGACAAUAUGAUAUGCGCAGGAGACACGAGGAAUCUUGAUGAUGCCUGCAAGGGUGACUCUGGAGGGCCUCUGGUCUGCAUGAAGGAUGAUCGAAUGCAUCUAAUUGGAAUCAUCAGCUGGGGAAUAGGUUGUGGUCGCAAAGACAUACCUGGCGUUUAUACAAAUGUGAAUCGUUAUCUUGACUGGAUUCAGAACAACAUGAAAUCCUGAAGAAGAAAAAUGAACUAUCCACAAUCUUGUGACCAUGCCCUUGCAAAUUCCUUUGAGGUGUUUUAAGGAUAUUAACAGGGCAUCCUGGUUGCCCAGAUGCUUAUGUCUGUCUGUGAAAAAGGAAGACCCAUGCCAUGUGUGGUAAGGUCACAUUCUCAAAUUACUCCCUUUUCCUCACCACAGGUUAUCAGAAGCAGAGUGCUUCCCCUCAUCCCCCUUAUAUCUCCAAGCUUUGUCGUUUCAUCAGUCUCAUGUGUACAAUUGAAAACAAACAUUGGCUUGCAAAAUUAAAGCUAUAUUGUUUGGGGAAUGGGAGUGAGCAGUAGGCAAAGGGGACAGAUUUCAUUUCUUGAAGCUUUCAUCUCCCUCUUUUGAGGGAACAGGACUCAAACAUUGUCAAGGAUGCUCAAUGACACAUGGACAUACGUCUUCCAUAACACUGCCCCAGGGCAUAUAUGAACAUUAUUUCACAAAGGGGAUUAUUUAUUAUUCAAAUUAAUUUCCACAAACCCCUUCUCCUCUGCCUCCCCUUGGGGGAAUAUUAAUUUUCUAGCAUUUAAAGCAUGGGACAGAGAAAAGUUUCUCCCUUUGAACAAGGGGCCAGGAAAGAAAGUUUUGUGAUCUCAUGUGGAAUAACAAGAACAUGUUUUAAAAGUGCAAUGGAAAGACAUGUACUUUCUUAUCCAAAACACAGCUGCCUGCAUUGAGGUGAAUCCUUGAAGGGAGUCUUGAGUUUGAGCCCUUACUUUGCACAGAUUCUUUCUAGCUCAGGUUGUUCCCAUUUGGGACUCACAGAGCAAAAAGAACAUAUUGUGUAAUAACCACUUCACAAACACACUGCAGUAACAUUUUUAUUUUUAUUUCUUUUUUUUUUUUUUGGGGGGGGGGGAAAUGAAUAAUCUUCUGAUGUAUUUGUCUAUACAAUUCUGAAUUUCAUUUUAUUCUUUUUAAUACUACGCAGGUAUUUUAAGCUGUUCUGUGCUUGUCUGAUUUAACAAUAAGCUUUCCACCACUGUAAGAACAACUGACAGGUCUAAACUCGUCCACUAAAAUAUUAGAAUCUACACUUACCCACUGAAUUUACAACUACACUCUGAUUAACACAGGAUCAAAAAUGGAUUUGCAAAUAAAAAUGUUAUUUCUUA